AUGGAGCCCACCCAGGCAAAUUUCUGCCACCCUUAUCAGCCUUAUUCCAUUCAAUUAGAUUUCAUGAAAGAGCUCUAUCGCUGCAUAGAGGAGAACAAAGUGGGCAUCUUUGAGUCUCCUACAGGCACCGGCAAAUCGCUGAGCUUGAUAUGUGGUGCUUUGACCUGGCUCCGAGAUCACGAGCAUCUGGCGCUGCAAGGUCCGACGGAUGGACAUGAGCCAUACGAUUGGCUUCUGGAGGCUGAAAAGUCUGCUCAACGCCGUGAGCUGCUUCUUGAACGCGAGGAACUUGAGUUGAGACUUGCCACGAUCCGCGAAGAAGAGGCAUCUCGCCGACAGAAGCGAUACGAUGUGAAAGCUUCCAAGAAACCUCGAACCAAGGUUGCAAACAACGAUGACAAGGCUACAGAUGAGGACGAGUUUAUAUUGGAGGACUACAACAGCGAGGGGGAAGAGACAAACGCUGCCAACCACUCAUCGGUCAGCCUUUCCAGCUCAACCCAAGCUCUGCUCGACAAGCUACAGGGCCCAACGAGAACUGAUGUUGAAGAAGAAAAAGAUCGACUUAAGAUCAUUUUUUGCUCACGCACUCAUUCUCAGCUCACCCAGUUCGUGAACGAGCUGCGUCGUGUCAAACCCCCUUCCUCCAUCCGUUCCGAGGCUGCGGAUAUCACGCGCAAGUCUUCGCUUGAAGAAGGGGUGAAACACCUUGCUCUAGGCUCCCGAAAAAACUUGUGCAUCAACCCGAAAGUUGCAAGGCUAUCGUCUACCACCGCAAUCAAUGAGCAAUGCCUCGAACUCCAGAAGCCUGCCACUCCCAAAGACAAAAGGUGUCCCUAUAUCCCCACAAAGGACGACAAAGUCAAGGUUGAUGAUUUCCGAGAUAGAGUGGUUGCUGAGAUACGCGACAUCGAAGACACGAGUCAUCUAGGCAAAGAGAUGCAACUCUGUCCCUAUUAUGCUUCGCGAGCAGCUAUAAGCAUGAGUGAGGUGCUCACGCUACCCUAUCCUCUACUCCUACAGAAGUCCGCUCGUGCAGCUUUGGGGGUCUCAGUCAAAGACAAUGUUGUGAUCAUCGAUGAGGCUCACAAUCUUAUGGAUGCCAUUGCGGACACCUUCUCUAUCUCGUUACGUCUCGGCCAGCUUGAACAAGGUGCUCGACAGGUCACCGCUUACGCAAGUCGAUUCAAGAAUCGCUUGAAAGGGAAAAACCGUGUGUACGUUAUGCAAGUGAUACGGUUGCUGACUUCGAUGAUCGACUGUCUGCGUGAGACGCUGCGAAAAGGAACUUCAGCCCAAGCAACUAUAACAGCUACUCAACUCAUGUCGGGGAAAGGAGUCGAUCAGAUCAAACCCCACAAACUCUUGCAAUACCUGCACGAGAGCAAGCUUUGCCACAAAGUUGAGGGAUACUCUGAGGCGCAGCGAGAUCACAAUGAUUCGAAUCACAGCAAAGGUGCUUUGCUACAUUUUCAAAACUUUCUUAUAGUAUUGAUGAAUCCGGACGAUGAAGGACGAUUCUUCACAAGCCGACAAGAUAACGAUGUCGUCGUCCACUACACGCUGCUCGACCCAAGAGAGCACUUUCGAGAAAUAGUCCAAGAAUCAAGAGCUGUCAUUCUGGCCGGGGGAACUAUGUCCCCUAUGUCCGACUAUUCGGACUAUCUCUUUUCAUAUCUCGACAGAGACAGGCUUCGAACUUUCAGCUUCGGUCAUAUAAUCCCCCCUUCGCAUUUGUUCGCUCAGGCCGUUACAAGGGGAUCUUCUGGCGUUGAGUUCGAUUUCAGGUAUGAAAUGCGUGGCUCUGAAAAAAUGAUUCUUGAGUUAGGAGAGCUUGUUGUCCGGACAUGCAGGAUCGUGCCGGACGGGGUUGUGGUAUUCUUCCCAAGCUACGAUUACCUUGCACGAGUGCUUUCCGUUUGGCAGCACCUUCCAGCUUCUCAGCCGGUAAUGCAUGCGCUGGGUAAGGUUAAGACAAUCUUCCAGGAAUCAAAGUCGGUUGCUGUCGAUGAGCUUUUACAGGAAUAUGCUACUGCGGUGGAUAGCGGAAAAGGAGGUCUGAUGUUGUCAGUCGUGGGCGGAAAGCUUUCUGAGGGUAUCAACUUCUCUGACAAACUCGGUCGAGCAGUACUUGCAGUCGGUCUCCCAUUUCCCAAUGCCAAUGGAGCGGAGUGGAAGGCCAAGAUGGAACAUAUUGAGGGAAUUCGAUACGAGCACUGCAAAGGCCAGGGGAAGGGUGAAGCAGAAUGCAGGGCUGAGGCCAAGAUUGCAAGCAGGGAAUACUACGAAAAUGCAUGCAUGAGAGCUGUGAACCAAAGCAUUGGAAGAGUAAUCAGGCACAGAAACGACUAUGCUGCGAUCCUGAUGGUCGACCGACGGUUCUCAUCGGAGCGGAUAUCGCGCAAAUUGCCUGGCUGGAUUCACGGAAGCAUGAAGGACGGCCUCCGAGACUGGACAGCCAUAGAAAAGGGGAUUCACGUCUUUUUCCGUGGGAAGCAAUGA